AUGCCUCUAUAUGCAAAAUUUCUCAAGGAGCUCAUUAUCAAUAAGAGAAGCUGGAAUGAAAAAGAGACAGUGAUCUUGACCCAAGAAUGCAGUGCAGUGAUUCAGAAAGGCCUACCACCAAAGCUCAAAAAUCCUGGGAGUUUCAUCAUAUCCUAUACCAUAGGCAAUAUGACCUUGGAGAAAGCUCUCUGUGAUUUAGGUGCCAGCAUCAACUUGAUGCCUCUCUCAUUAAUGAAAAAGCUUGCAAUAGAAGAAGUUAAGCCCACAAGGAUGUCACUUCAAAUGGCUGAUAGAUCACUUAAGAUACCCAAUGGAGUUGUAGAAAACUUGUUGGUAAAAGUUGGAAAAUUCAUCUUUCCUGCUGACUUUGUUAUUUUAGACAUGGAAGAAGAGGGACAUAACUCAAUUAUUUUAGGGAGACCUUUCUUGGCCACAGCAAGGGCUAUUAUCGAUGUAGAGAAAGGUGAAAUGAUUCUCAGGGUGCAUGAUGAGCAAAUGAUCAUCAAUGUUUUAAAAGCCAUGCAAUAUCCCCCUGAGAAAACAUAG